CUUCAGGGAACAUCAUCUGGUCACACAUACUUUUCAACAUCCAAUUCACGAGUGAAAAUCCAGUUUGCUAAGAAUUCCCAAGUAAUUCUAGCCGAGCAGGCAUCAGAAGGUGUCACCUUCAUUGGACCUGACACACAUGCUAUUCAAGCUAUGGGAGAUAAGAUUGAAAGCAAAUUGUUAGCCAAGAAUGCAAAGGUCAACACAAUCCCUGGCUUUGAUGGAGUAGUCAAGGAUGCAGAUGAAGCUGUCAGAAUUGCAAGGGAAAUUGGCUACCCUGUCAUGAUCAAGGCCUCAGCAGGUGGUGGUGGGAAAGGCAUGAGAAUCGCUUGGGAUGAUGAAGAGACCAGGGAAGGUUUUAGGUUUUCAUCUCAAGAAGCUGCUUCAAGUUUUGGUGAUGAUCGCUUGCUGAUAGAAAAGUUCAUUGAUAACCCUCGUCAUAUAGAAAUCCAGGUUUUGGCAGAUAAACACGGUAAUGCCUUGUGGUUGAAUGAGAGAGAGUGCUCCAUUCAAAGGAGAAACCAGAAAGUUGUGGAGGAAGCACCAAGCACUUUUCUAGACCCUGAAACUCGAAGAGCGAUGGGAGAACAAGCAGUAGCUCUUGCCAAAGCAGUAAAAUAUUCCUCUGCUGGAACAGUAGAAUUCCUUGUGGACUCGAGUAAGAAUUUCUACUUCUUGGAAAUGAAUACUAGACUUCAGGUUGAACAUCCCGUCACAGAAUGCAUUACCGGCCUGGACUUAGUCCAAGAAAUGAUCCGUGUUGCUAAGGGUUACCCUCUCAGGCACAAACAGGCUGAUAUUCCCAUCAACGGCUGGGCGGUUGAAUGUCGAGUUUAUGCUGAGGACCCCUACAAAUCUUUCGGCCUGCCAUCCAUUGGUAAACUCUCGCAGUAUCAGGAACCAUUGCACGUGCCAAGUGUACGUGUUGACAGUGGCAUACAACAAGGAAGUGAUAUUAGCAUUUAUUAUGAUCCUAUGAUCUCAAAACUGAUUACCUGUGGCUCUAAUAGAGCUGAAGCACUAAGAAGAAUGGAAGAGGCUUUAGACAAUUACGUAAUUCGAG